AUACACACACACACACACACACACACACACACUCUGUCUCUCUCUCUCUCUCUCUCUCUCACACACACACACCCACAGUCCAAACCCCCAGAAAAGCCCUGCUGAAUCCUCACACCGUCUGUCAGCAUGGGGAGCGCUUGUUUUUCCCGGGACGUUUGUUUGUUUAUCCUCCUCAUAAAUACUUGCAGGGUGAUGGGGGAUGUCGGACCCGCAGCAGAUGCAGAUGAGUGCGCCGAGGGUUCGGACGACUGCCACAUCGACGCCCUGUGCCAGAACACGCCCAAGUCCUACAACUGCAUCUGCAAGCCGGGAUACAAAGGAGAUGGCAAGCAGUGUGAGGACAUGGACGAGUGUGAGAACGACUACAACGGAGGAUGUGUCCAUGAAUGCAUCAACAUACCUGGAAACUACAGGUGCACCUGCUACGAUGGAUUCAUGCUGGCCCACGACGGACACAACUGUCUCGACGUGGACGAGUGUGUGGACAACAAUGGCGGAUGCCAGCAGGUGUGCGUCAACACCAUGGGCAGCUACGAGUGUCAGUGCACGGACGGCUUCUUCCUCAGCGACAACCAGCACACGUGCAUCCACCGCUCUGACGACGGGAUGAACUGCAUGAACAAGGACCACGGCUGUGCCCACAUCUGCAGAGAGGCUCCUGGCAAAGGUGGAGUGUCGUGCGAGUGCCGUCCUGGGUUUGAGCUCAACAAAAACCAGAAAGACUGUACAUUGACAUGUAACUAUGGAAACGGCGGUUGCCAGCACACGUGUGAUGACACGGACACAGGGCCAGUGUGUGGCUGCCACCAGAAGUACGCCCUGCACUCAGACAGCAAGACCUGCAUCGAGAAAGAUGAGGCUGCAAUUGAGAGCUCUGAGUUCAAUGCCACGUCAGUAGCUGAUGUGGACAAGCGGGUGAAACGGCGGCUACUUAUGGAGACGUGCGCCGUGAACAACGGUGGCUGCGACAGGACGUGUAAGGACACGGCCACAGGGGUGCGCUGCAGCUGCCCCGUGGGAUUCACCCUGCAGCCCGACGGCAAAACCUGCAAAGACAUCGACGAGUGCCAGGAGAACAACGGAGGCUGCGAUCACUUCUGCAGGAACACCGUGGGCUCCUUCGAGUGCAGCUGUCAGAAAGGGCACAAACUGCUCACGGACGAGCGCUCAUGCCAAGACAUCGACGAGUGCUCCUUCGAGAGAACCUGCGAUCACACCUGCAUCAACUACCCCGGCAGCUUCGAGUGUCUCUGCCAGAAGGGCUACAUCCUGUACGGCCUCACUCACUGCGGAGACAUCGACGAGUGUAGCAUCAGUAACGGCAGCUGUGAGUACGGCUGCAUCAACACACAGGGCGGCUACGAGUGUGUGUGUCCGCCCGGACAGAAGCUCCACUGGAACAAGAAGGACUGCAUCGAGGCGGUGAAGUGUCUGCCCAAUGGGAAGCCAGCGCCCCGAGCCCAGCUGACCUGCGCCAAGAGUGGGGGGGCAGAGGUGUGCUCGCUCUCCUGCCCCUCCAACGCCCUCUUCCUCGCAGACUCGGAGAACAGCUACACACUGAGCUGCGGCGUGCCCGUCCAGCCGGGUAAAGCUCCUCAGAAGAGGAACGUCACCGCUGCCUUACCAACCUGUGCAGACACUCUGGCCCCGCCCAUCAAACAGAAGGCGAGGUUUAAGAUCAAAGACGCCAAGUGUCACCUGAGACCCCGAAACAAGGAGAAGCACAGAGACACAUCCCGACAGAACAUGCAAGGAGGCCAGUUCCCCUGCACCGACGACUGCCAGGUCACUUUUGUCAACCUCAAGUGCGACUCGUCAAAGAAGCGCAGACGAGGACGCAAAUCCCCUACCAAAGAAGUUUCCCACAUCACCGCCGAGUUUGAGAUGGAGAUGAAGGAGGAGGAAGCAUCAGACUCGUGCAACGUGGACUGUGUGCGGGAGAGGAUGAAGCAGAAGCUGCAGAGCGCCAUGCGGACGCUCAGGAAGUCCAUCAACAAGCAGCAGUUCUACAUCCAGUUCUCCGGGACCGAGUACGAGGUGGCUCAGAAACCGUCCAGGGUCCCCGAAGGUGCCGAGGCCUGCAGCACGGGACAAGUCCUCCGAGACGGAAAGUGUGUGAGCUGUGGUGUGGGGACGUUCUACAGCGGGGAGCAGGAGCAGUGUGUGCAGUGCCCCCCCGGGACGUACCAGGACACCUCGGGUCAGCUGUCCUGUGAGCCGUGUCCCAGCACUGAAGGACAAGGCAUCGCUGGAGCUAAGAACGUGUCUCAGUGCGGAGGUCAGUGUCCAGCAGGUCAUUACUCCGCUGACGGCUUCCGCCCGUGUCAGACGUGUCCUCUGGGCACGUACCAGCCGGAGCCGGGCCGCGUCCUCUGCUUCUCCUGUGGAGGAGGUCUGAUGACCAAGUAUGAAGGAUCAGUCUCCUUCAGGGACUGUGAGGCCAAAGUGCACUGCGCUCCGGGACAUUACUACAACUCCAGCACCCACCGCUGCAUCCGCUGCCCCGCUGGAACCUACCAGUCUGACUUUGGUCAGAAUUACUGCAUCACCUGCCCGGGGAACACCACCACAGACUUUGACGGCGCAACCAACGUCUCCCACUGCAAAAACCAGCUGUGUGGAGGUGAGCUGGGUGAGUACACAGGUUACAUCGAGUCUCCCAACUAUCCUGGAGAUUACCCGUCCAACGUGGACUGUGUCUGGACCAUCAACCCCCCACACAAGAGGCGGAUUCUCAUCGUGGUUCCAGAGAUCUUCCUCCCCAUCGAGGAUGAGUGUGGAGACGUGCUGGUCAUGAGGAAAAGUGCCCUUUCCACCUCCAUCACCACCUAUGAGACGUGUCAGACGUACGAGCGGCCCAUCGCCUUCACCUCUCGGUCUCGCAAACUCUGGAUUCAGUUCAAGUCCAACGAGGGCAACAGCGGCAAAGGAUUCCAAGUUCCUUAUGUGACCUACGAUGAGGACUACCAGCAGCUGAUAGAGGACAUAGUGAGAGACGGCAGACUCUACGCCUCAGAGAACCACCAAGAGAUACUGAAGGACAAGAAGCUAAUAAAAGCCCUAUUCGACGUGUUGGCCCAUCCCCAGAACUACUUCAGGUACACGGCACAGGAGUCCAAAGAGAUGUUCCCUCGGUCCUUCAUCAAACUGCUGCGCUCCAAAGUCACCAGGUUCCUACGGCCGUACAAAUAGGAGGCGGGGCCUCUCCAAUCUCCUGUUAAAGGAAUCCCCAUCAUCCUGCGUCAUUCCAAAUCCGGCAACCUAAAUGUAACCCCCUCCCCUGCCCCGUGUACAUCCCCUUCUGCCUAGGUCGAUACAUUGACGUUCCUGUUCUGUGACUAAUCAUCUUCUUCUGUCACAUGUUGCCUUUCCCCCAUCUUUAACUUGUAAUACGUCAUUAACCAACAACCCUCCCCCAGUGAGUGCAGAUUUAAGGAUAAGGUUUGACCGAUUAGAGUCUUUGAAAAUUUGUGCUGUGUCGCAAAGAAAACCGCAGACAUCAUCAUUUUUGUGUGUAUAUAUUGCUCCUUUAAAUUUGACCAGUUAAAACCAAAUGUGUACGACAUUCAAGAGUUUUGCCUCAGUACUAAGGAACAUUUAGAAACCCUGUAGGUUAGCCUGUUUGCUACAUAAGCAAGAGGGCAAUGUCUGGCAAUAUACUGAAUUAAGUAUGUAAGACUUCAAAACAAUGGUUUUAAUGGGUUUGUGGUUGCCGUCGUAACUUUAAGCCACACGGGAGCCACAUAUUUAGUCCUCACAACGUGGAAUAUUUUUUAAACUGUUUAAAAACAGUUUUUAAAGUCUAUUAUCGGGCGUCCAAGAGUUGUUUAAAAUUUCCAAAAGUGCAUUUAUUAGCUCUCAUGCCAAGAAGGAGAAUUGAGCACGCUCAUGUUAAAGGUUGCCCAUACUGAUGCUUUCGUCUGUAGGUGUGAAUGUGAAUGUGGCUGGUUGUCUGUCUCUAUAUGUCAGCUCUGUGAUUGACUGGCGACCAGUCCAGGGUAACCCCACCUCUCGCCCAAUGACAGCUGGGAUUAAUCGGCCACCCCAAAAGGGAAAAGCGGAAUAGAUAAUGGAUGGAUCUAAGUCCAUUAUUUAGUAAAAAAGUCCAGUAUCAACAAACCAGUGUAUCGGUCAAACCUUAUUUCUGAACUCCAUCUUCUCAUCUCCAAGCCUUUCUCAAAUUUCUGCACCUUCUUUAACAAACUUGUUUCUCCUUCAACCUGCUUUUUUUUCUGUGUUGUUUUCUUUUUUGUAAUAUUUAUACUGAUCAUGCCAGAACUUGCAGAGGCCCUCGUCGCAGACGUUUUCUAAACGUCGACGUACAAAUAUGUAAGAUUUGUGUGUCUGUGUGGGCAUGCAGGAUGUGUCAGGAUGUGUCGGCCCACACAGUGUACAAGGAUGUGAAUUUGAUUUUUUUUUUCUUUUUAUUGGCCCCGAUGUGCACGAGACAAAGAUGAGGGAACAGUUGGUGCACUUAAACACACAUUUUAAAAAUGAUUUGAAAGAAAUGUUCAAAUGUGGACGGGUGGGCUUUAUCCCUCGGAGCACAGGGGAAGAUUAAAGGGGGUGAAUCACAAAGUCUAUAUUGUAAUUUUUUUUAAAUAAUAAAAAAAAAAGAUAUAUAACAAGAUGAGAUAAACUACCUGCAAGUAAGAGAUUGUUACUUUAGAGAGAAAUGUAUGUGAUGUAACUAAUAUUUGGAACUUUAAUUGCACUUGAAUUUUAUAUUUUAAACUGUAGGAAAAAGGUUACGUACUUGUUUCUUUUUGUUUUGUGUUGUUUUGAAAUGUGCCACAUGAAAGACAAGCUGCGUCUCCUGUUGUCGCUCCCACUCUGUUGCUCGCAGUUAACCCCUAAAAAUCUCUCACUUCUGGCAACUUGCGCACACAGAGGAGUGAAAGAGACGGACAGAGACAGUGUGAGCAUCACAUCUCUCAACUACCCCCCCCCCCCCCCCUCCCCUCCAAUCCACCACCACUACAGUGUGUCUGUGUUUCACUGCCCAGCCCUGCUUCAUCCCUCGAACAUAGCUGCCAGAGAGAGGAAGCGUCACCAUAAAGGCUUCUUGUAUGAUGGCAUUAUACAAACAUUACAUACUACUACAGCAUAUUAAAACCUACUCAAGAUAUAAGCAUUCACUAAGAUGCAACCUCUUUCCAUUUAUCAGGAAGUGUAGUGUGCACACUAUGCUGUUCCUUUAUAACCCAACUAAAUGUUUCUGUGUCAUCCCCAGUGGUACUAAUAUGUCUAAGAAAUCCUUUACCGUAUUGAAGAUGGACUCGAAGUCUGCACAACUCAAGUGGAGUGUAAACCAUGUACGAUGUUAGACAUGUACAAUGUGAGAUGUACGAUGUUAGACAUGUACGAUGUUAGGCAUGUACAAUGUUUAACAUGUACGAUGUUAGGCAUGUGCGAUGUUUGACGUGUACGAUGUCAGACAUGUACAAUGUUUAACAUGCACGAUGUAAGAUGUACGAUGUUAGACAUGUACGAUGUGAGCUGUAAGAUGUUAGACAUGUACGAUGUGAGAUGUACAAUGUACGACAUGUACGAUUUUUAACAUGUACGAUGUGAGACAUCUACGAUGUUUAACAUGUACGAUGUGAGCUGUAAGAUGUUAGACAUGUACGAUGUGAGACAUCUACGAUGUUUAACAUGUACGAUGUAAGAUGUACGAUGUUUAACAUGUGCGAUGUCAGACAUCUACGAUGUUUAACAUGUACGAUGUAAGAUGUACGAUGUUUAACAUGUGCGAUGUCAGACAUCUACGAUGUUUAACAUGUACGAUGUGAGAUGUACAAUGUGAGGCAUCUACGAUGUUUAACAUGUACGAUGUGAGAUGUACAAUGUAGGACAUGUACGAUGUUUAACAUGUACGAUUUGAGAUGUACGGUGUAAGACAUGUACGAUGUAAAAAAGUAUGGUGUGCGUGGCGUGUUGGUCUGGAGGUGAAUGUAGUGGCAGGGACACAGUCAGAAUGAGAGGCCUCUCCUAUCUGAGUGUCUGGGUCUGUAGCACUUGCUGCUUCAUGUGUGUGGUGUCGUUAAAAAGAGGCAAGCUUCCCCCGUCAGAUAAGUUCCCCUUAUUGGUGUCAAAAUUCCUGUCAGAAGUGCCGGUGUCAAAAAGAGGAAACGUUCGGUCUUAGUGCCGAGCACGAGGAACAUGAGGAGGCUUCAGUGCGUGUUCAGAGCUCAUCUCAACACAUCGAUUAGAGGUUAAAGGACCAGACCGCAGGCUUUGCAAGUUUGAGCCCCUUGACUACAGAUCAUGUUGCCUUUUGUGACCUUACAGUACAAACACAUAUUGGCAUUAUUUAGGUGAAUGUGCCAGUUAUCUGACUUCUUGAGAGUUAUAGACUUCUAUAGAUAUAUAGCGCAGGCAAUCAGAUGGUUAGCUUAGCAUAGCAUGAAGACCAAGUACAGUACUGGCUCUGUCCGGAAAAGAAAAUCUGCUUUCAGAAGCUUACUACAAACACAUUAGCUGGACGGCAGGUGAGGAUCAAUAAUAAUGGUAAAAAAAAAAGGCAUGAAUUAGCAUUAGCAUACAUUUUCACAGAUAGUUGGUAGCCUAGUGGUUAGUGUGCGUGCCCCAGAUAUGGAGGCCAUAGUCCUCCUAGCGUUAAAAAAAUGUGUGCACAUUUGCGGUCAUGCAGAACUUUUGUAAUGAAGAGGCUGAAACAUGCAAAACCAAAAUAUGGUCCCACUGAGCUAGUCAUGGUUAGCUUCUUCUCCUGAAAUACCAUAUGAGAAAAAAUGUUAAAAUGUCCAACAACAAGAUGGGAAAUACCUUCUUUUUUUUUUUUUAGUUUUUCUUUUUUUUUGAUUGAUUGAUUGGCUGAUAAUCCCCCCUUUAACUCGACGUUCUUACAAUCAGCCCAAAAAGCAGUGACUUCACUGGACGCUGGUUCAUAACGGGCCUCGCCGACAAGCUGCCACACACACACACGUAAUGGUACGGCCCGCUGAGGAGGGUCCGAUAUGUUCGAUAUGAGAGACGGAAAAAGUGAUAUGAAAUGCUCUAAAAUUUAUAAUUGACUGUUUUUAUUUUCCUGAGAAUGUAUUCUAUUGUGAAAGGGUGUGUGUAUGAGGCUGGAUGUGUGUGCAGUAAGUGUGUGUGUUUCUGUGUGUGUGUGUGUGUGUGUGUGUGUGUGUGUGUGUGUGAGGUUUUGUGCCGGGUGCCUGUGAUGGAGAACAAGACUGUGUGUGUGUGUGUGUGUGUGCUUGUACUUUAGUCCAAUUUGUAGAGGAAUAAUUUUAACGUUUGUGUUAGUCGGUUGUACCCAAAGAGAGAAAGUGUAACGCAGUGUUGUGCCAUUGUUUGGUCCAUGAAAACUCCAGUACUGAACAGAUUCAAUAAAACAGUAGCAGAAAACA